AUUACAAGCGAAUCCUCUUAUACCUCUCCUAUCGAUACCGAUAAUAAUAGACCGUUCGAGCCCGAUUCCUCUAAGACUAAUCUUACUAAGCCGGAGCGCUCCCCUUUAGCGGGUCGAACGAUUAUUCGGAAGAAGCUAAGCCUAAAGACUAGAACAAAAUCUUUACUAAUAGACCUAUCGAAUAUAGAACUACCGGAGGAUUACGGCCGAUCUAAUAAAAUAAAGAAGUUAAAACUUCGACUAAAAGAGCUCCCGAUAGUCGCCGCUAGAAAGGCUAUAGAAAGGCUAGCGCCUUUAAAUAAUACGUUUAUACUACCUAAGAUUGUCUAUAGUAUAUCGCUUAUCUUUAGCCUAUAUAUCCUACUUUUUAUUAUAUUAUUUUAUAUCUACGCCUUUAAAGCGCCUUACUUAAUAUCGAUAGAAGACUUUCGGAGACUACUUAUCGAGGCUUCCUUAAUUAUUUCUUCUCUUACUAAUUUCGAUACGGAGGAGGUAAUUUACUUAAUAAGAGUACGUAAUAUAAUUAUAGCCUACGCUACUAGUAGAACUUUUAUUAAAUAUUAUCGUCCCUAUUAG